ACCACGUCGGCCGUGGACACCACGUCGUGUUUCUACCACGUCAAGACCUUCUGGAGACACCUAGCCUGGCCCGACCCGUGCUCCUCCUACUCCCUCGUCGUCAAGAUGAUCGAGACAAUGUCAGGCUCGGCAGACUACUACGUACACCUGCUGCAGCAGCGCCUCCACACCCUGGCCACAGACUCGGCGGAGCAGGAGCGGGCGCAACAGCUCUGCAUCACCGUCAACAACAUGGAACACGUCCGCAACUCCCUCACGCUCCUGCAGGAGGAACUUCAGAUCGAGCAGCUGACGCAAAUUUUGGACGCUCAGGAUCCCCGCAACGGCACCACCUACACGGACCACGUCAACAGCCUCCUCCUCGCCGCCCUCCACAACCUCGACUCAAAGAUCGCAGACUCCAUGUCCCCGGUGGCUGAGAAGCUGCGGGCGGAGCUACAGAAGGAUGUGUUCCACCUGGCGUGGUCCCCAGACUCCCUGCCGGCAGAGGAGGCGGUGAGACCCCUGCUGGAGCGGCUCUACGCCUCCCUCUCCACCUACUCGGCAGCACUCCUCAAGAACAACCUCGACCGCUUGCUCCACCUCUUGUGGCUUGCCGUCCUCAACGCCCUGCACGACCAGAUCGGCAAGGACUCCGAGGAGAAGCAGGAGGCGUUCUUUGUGAGGCUCUACGAAGCUCUGGAUCUGCUGCGAACCUUCUUCCACGCCCACGGGAGAGGCCUGGACGCCAACACACUGAUGGGGCCAGAGUACAUCGCCCUAGAGAGACAGCUCAGGCUGCACAAGACGACGACAGAAGCGCUGAUAGAAGCGUACCACCUGGAGCGUCUUGUGGUGCAAGAGAGAACUGAACUUCAAGAAUACGGUUCCCUCUUCGUCCGGGUGUACUUUAACCACGACUCUCUCUGCGUCGAGGUCCUCCAGGCCAGGAACCUCAUCCCUCUUGAUCCUAAUGGCUUCAGCGACCCCUUCGUUGUAAUUGAGAUGCUGCCUCGCCGACUCUUUCCCGGUUCGGUGCCUCAACAGACCAACGUCCACAAGAAGACCCUUCACCCGCUCUUCGACGAGUGCUUUGAGUUCCCGGCCACACUGGAGAGCUGCCAAUCAGAAGGCGCCAUGAUCCUCUUUACGGUGAUGGACCAUGACGUCAUCACCUGCAAUGACUUCGGCGGGGAGGCGUUCCUCUCCCUCAACACCAUCCCCGGCGUCGUCCCCUCCUCAGCCUCCGUCGACAACUUCCACGGACUCAAGCCCAUCGAACUCAACCUCAUGUUCCAGAAGGAUCCAGACAACAUCAUCCUUAAGGUGCUCGAGACGAGGACCAACGAGAAGAUGGCGACGGAUUUCGUCAAGAAGCAGAAAGAGAGAAUUGCUCGCCUCUCCUAGGACAUGCGACCCUCUCUCUUAGUCGACCUGUAGGCAGACUCGACAUUGUUCCCUAGGACAUCCUACGGCCAGGGAAAACAUUUUCGUCUGGUCGACCCACGGCCAGAAGUUAGAUCGACCGUGUCUUCUGUUUGUCUCAUGCUAUCUGGUUGAACAGCAGUCAAUACCACACACGACCUAACUUCCUGGUCGACCAAGAAGCAGAAGGACGCUCGACGAUGUCUUCUGGUCGACUCGCAGAGACACUCGACUAAAUGAGUUAGCCGACACACACAGUCCUCGGCUGUACCUUCCUAUGUCUUUUGUGGGGCCCUGGAACCUCUCUCUUUUGUCUUAUUCGUGUUCUCUCUCUCAUUCUUGUUCUCUUCCUUAUUUCAGUAUCUCUCCCUCUCUCUCUAUUUAUCUAAUUAUCUUUGUCUUUCAUUGCCACAGUGACAUAGGAAACCCAAGCUUCCCUAUAGUGGCCCAAGGCAUUCACUCCUUGGCGUCUACCCUUAGUGGCCUUCAAUUGAUACUUACCUGUUAAUCUUCGUGACUUCUGGACAUCAUUCCUUCAGCGUGACAUCCCUCAAGUCUUUCGUUACAACUGACAUCAGCGGCCUCGGAGAAUUUCUUAAUCUCUCUUUCGUGGCCGACUUCGUUGUAGUCGUCGAAAGUAGAGGGUUUGGCAUAUGCUGAAGACUGUGGUGAUAACGUAGCCUUUUUUGAAGUCUAAUACAUGUGCGUAUUUCGCAUAUUUUGCUACCAGAGUCCUCAUCAACACUGUAAUUACAAGAAUCGUGUAAUCACAUGUUUCCAAUAGUUCUUAAGGUCUUUAGAGUUGUAGUUUAUACAUUUUAUCAAGAGAUUAGAGAAUGAAAAGGACUGUAAAUUGAAGCUCGUCAUGUACAGCCGACUAAAAGCGAAUAUUAAAUAUUUUCAAAGAGACAGCUUCGGUAAAGGAGAAUGUAGAGCCUUGCGACACACUCACGAGAUCUGCUCCCAGGAGGCCCUCGACCAAUAUUCACUCAUGCUUACAUACUCUCCCUGGCUCAAAAUAGUAAAACCUAAAAUCAGGCUCACCAUUCAGUAUUUGAUCUUGUAGCAUGUAGGUUUAUGCAACUCUCUAGCUCCUUCAAGCAAUAUUGGGCGGGUCUGUACGUCUUCAGUGACCCAUUCAAAUAUUCUAAAUUCAAUAGUAAUAUUAUGUACCACAAUAAUUGUAUCUAUGUUUGAGUGAGCACUUCCGAGUACGUGAUUAGUGUACGGGCUCAAGUUUGUCUUUAUGAAUAUAACUUCCUAAUGGUAGUUUAUAUAGGUAUAUAGUGUAGUAUACUAUCACCUCAAGCAGUGUGUAAAGAGUUGCUGGCAUUUCACUUCUGACACAUUUGUAUUUUCUAGCAAAGUAUUAGUUCCAUCUUAUUCAUGAGAUACGAAAAUGUAAGGUUAAAGUUGAAUAUUUAUAUUUCCAUGACCAAGAAUUAUUUUCAUUCUGUGUAAGUGUGUAAUAGAUUAAGUAUCAACCCUCCUGGUCUCUCCAGAGGGAAGCGCCAAGACGCGACACUCGGGUGCUGACAAGCAAAGUCCUGGAGAGUUUCCCUCCCGAGCAGAUGCUUCUUGUCAGGGAUUUACUCUUGCUUUUGAAUCUGCUUAAGGCAUCGUUACAAAAUAUUAGGCCUUUCUCCCAAAUUAUAUAGUGUGUUCAUAUGUAACCUCUACGAAGCUUCGAAUCACAACAUUUUUUACAACUUAUAACGAAGCAUUAAUCUAUUAAUCUAAAACUGUGUGUGUGUAAAUAUUGCUGGGAUUGGAAGCUGUAAAUGUUUCAUGUGGUGAUUCUAUAUAUUCAAAACAAGUGUAAAUUUAAGCCAGUGGAGAGCCAUAAGUUCAGUUUAAGCCUUAAGUUCAGAAAGCAGUGGAAAUUUAAGCCUAGCUCACAUAACUAGGUAUUGGCGACGCCCUGACAAGACUACCUCGGGCACCAACUGUCCAGUACUUGCAUCCCCCAGCCACUCACUAGCCCGGAUCCUGCGCUGUGUACAUAGUACUCUCGGCGGUUGACACCUUUUAACCCGAGGAAUGUAGUUCGACACGACAGCAAAAUGCUCGCGUGAGGUCGAGACUAAAGCCACAAAGUUGUGGUUGUCUGCUAAGUCUUGUUGCGUUCGUGUGAGGUACGAGCACCGUGCCUGAAGUACCCCAGCCAUCGUGUACCCCCCAGACCGCCUGUACAUAUUCAAGCACCUCGCCACUACACACACGCCAUCACACACACACGCCAUCACACACACACGCCACACACAGCAAUACUUCCCAAACCCAGCUCGAGCACCACAACUAGUACAGGAAACAUGCCACACGCCUCAACGAUCUUGAACCAAAUAACUCAUAACAUUUUGCAAACACGUGUUCUCUUCCCCCCCCCACCCCCAUCCCCCCCCCCCCCCCC